AUGGACUCCUCGUCCUCCCACCGCGACCCUGCUCAGCUAUGUUUUGAGAGUGUUCGGACUAGACGGCUCAUCAUCGCAUCUUACUGGGCUGUUGUUCUUCUUGCUAUACCGCUAUGGUGGAAGGCGACAAGCAUCGAAAGGCUCUCGCUUCCAGCUUCACGCGUUUACGCUCAACGGAGUAGAGAGCUGUCAUUCCCUGUGGCAGUCACUCUCAAUCCCUCAAAUAAGGCCGAAAUCAGGUCUCUUGCAAGUGACGUCCAGACUGCUCUGCAGCUGGACAAGAGGGCUGGCAGUGCGGCGGACGUGGAGCUACGCGUCGGAAGCCACCCAGACGCCGCGUACAAUGUCGUGCUAGAAAAUGCAGCCGAACAUCCUAUUGUCGAAGGGAGGGAGCUGCGAUUUGGAGGGUCUACCGAACAGCUGGCAGAUACAUUGAGCAAGCUCAUCGCGCCAUACGCAUCGUAUUCUGCAUCGCAAACGCAGCGAGUGAUGAAGUACUCCCCCCGGUACCGCCUUGCAUUCACUUUGCUCAACGAGGAGGCGACAAGCGGGAGUGCAGCAUUGGCCUGGGAUGUUCAGGAUGCUAUCCAAACCCAUGUUGGUCCGCUGCUUAAAAAGCUAUCGGACUUACAUAACUUCACCAUCGAAAGUCAAGUGCAAUAUCAUGCUCCCCUCGCUUUUCAGCCUCGACCCCUUCAACAUGAGGGCCAAGACGUACAUGGUCUAACACAGGAAGACCUGACUGUAUUCGUUAACUCUGCUGAGUGGACACUAUCAUCAAGUGUAUCUAGCGACCCUGUCAUACACUUUGUGCUGUUCGUACCUUCCACUAAGAACAGCCCUUUGCACAUCCUCGACCAGCAAGGCUCCGUACACCCUUCGAACGCAUUCCUCCUCCCCCAGUGGGGCGGCAUCGUCCUGCUAAACCCGCCGAAGGAGGCCUCCCCGAUUGCUCGCCUCACUCCGGCCGACCUUCGCCCCAUUUUUGCCACCUUUGCAUACCAGCUUCUGACGCUUCUGGGAGUGCCUGGCCUUCCCCUACACGUCCGCACCGCCCAACGCGAACCGUUCACAGACUGGGAGCUUGACGCGUUGCUACGUCAGCGUGCAUUCGAGAAUGUGCAGGGUAGCGCCGACACGCUCGAAGCGAUUGUGCGGCUCGUCGACCAGAUUGAAAACAUGCCUGUCGGUCAGGACGUCGUCGGCGAUGUGCAGGACGCGCUCGAUGCGCUCAACGAGGCGCAUGACUCGUCGCGCGCAUCAUCGCCCGUAGCGACCUUGAAGCACUCUGCACGCGCGUUGACCUUAGCGUCGCGUGCGUUUUUCAACCCUGGUAUGCUCGCGCUGCUCUACUUCCCCGCGGAGCACACGUACGCGGUCUACGCCCCGCUAUUCGCUUCAGUCUCUGCGCCACUCCUUGGAGCCGUCAUACGAGAGCUCAUGGCGUGGAAGAAGGCGCGGAAGGAGGCCAAGGAGGCCGAGUUGAAGGAGGCGAGAGGGGGUCGUGUGCAGGGGGCGAAAGUUGAGUGAUUGACGACGAUCUUUGUAGGACUAAUUUAUUUCUUGGACAUAAGUGUAUGCAGCUCGGUGUGCCUGUGGGAUCAUGCAUUGA